UUCAGCCAAUGCGCCGUGGUACGGCGUUUUCUUCACAACAUGUCACGGCAUUUAUUGAUCGUGAUAUCUAAGCGCCCUGUAGUUUUAGUGUGUAUACCUUUAACCAUGAAUACCACUGAAGAUUAUUUCCUUGGCGAAUGUAACAUGUGAAUUUUUUGUGUGAAUGUUGUUUUUCUGCAGUGUCAGAGAUUAUAUAGGUGCUAAGAUGUCCAAGUUGCCGGGACCUUCAAGGAUACCAACCUUCGGGACUCGAAUACCCCAACCCGGUUCCAACUUCAAAUCAAACCAGGACAUCGACCCACCUCCCAUCUCGCCGGCAGAUGUCGGUAGGCGCGUCCUUGCCGCCGGUAAAGUAGGAAUCCUUCGUUUCGUCGGUAAAGUUCACUUCGCUGGCGACAUCUGGUGCGGAAUCGAACUAGAUACAGAUGUCGGUAAGAACGACGGCUCCAUAGACGGCGUCCGGUAUUUCACUUGUUCUCGAACCCGCGGUUUGAUGACGCCGCUCUCCAAAGUUUCCAUCUAUACCGACAAUAAUCGCAUCGUGAAAUCGGAAAGCAAUUGUUCGAUCUCCAGCCGCUCGGGCCUGCAGCGCUACGAUACGUUCGAAAUUGACGUCCCACCGCUAGAGGGCGUUGUGUUAGAGAAAGGAGAUGGCCGGCAGGACCGGACUCAGCCCAAAGGGAAGAUCGUACUGAGGAGAGGUCAGACUUUUGAUCAAGAGAAAAGGGAUGAUACAUUAUUUGGAAAUACUCCUAGGACUUUUAUGCCUGACAAUAAUGAAGAUAGACUGAAACGAAGCGGUUCUUUUGUAAAAAGUAACAUUGUAAAGAAACGCGGAUCGAUUUUAACCUGUAGCGCUGAUGCCAAUUGUUUUCAAAGUCCCGAUAGAACUGAAGAUGCUCCGCAUUCGACUUCAACUCCUGUAGCUUCUACGUCAAGAUUUAAUACUCAAAGCUCAAGGAAAAUUGAGAUAAUCGACCUUUUUCGAAACAAAGGUAACCAAGGCCAAACAGACGAACGGACAAUCGCAGAAAAUAAACCAAAGAAUUCCGAUAGCGAAGCCACAGACCUCAAACGUGCCGAUGCCAAAGAUACUACCGAAAACCACAGCCUAAGAACCUUCAUAUUCAACACGCAGGAAGAAGACAACAAAAGAGACUCCUUGGACCUGGAUGAAUCUCUUGAGAUCCUCACAGCAAGUCAGAUGAACGACGGCUUCUCUAUAGUCGAGUCAGCCUUCGUCCUGGAUGACAUGUCUGAACAGAAGAACUUCGCCUUAACACUGCCUCCGUCCAACUUUGAGCUGAUGCUGCAAGAAAAUGUCACUUUGAUAAGCGAGACCACCAUCAACCUUGACCUGACCUUGGACACGACUGAUAAAUCGAAGAAUUUUCAUUUUACGCGUAUGGAUGAGACACCAUCUCCUGAAGAACUACCUUUAGAUCCAAUACCAGUAGUGGGGGUUGAACCUAAGACGGAAAGUGAAAAAUCAUCCAAGUCGAAUUGCUUCAUCACGAGCAUCACUAGCAUCACUAGUUUGGAUACGGGUUACCAAGGUGAUGGGGAGAUGUCCCGGCCUGGUAGUCGAGGCGCUGAUAACUCUCCUUUGACCAGAAGGCCUUUACCACGCCCUGCAAGAAGAGCAGAGGCAAUGACUGAUUCAGACUUCUUCACAGAAAGUGACGCAGACAAUCAUGAGGAAAACGUGUUGAAAGGUGAUAGGAAGGCUCAGAUCAUCGAUGGUACUCUCUACGGAGUAGAUCCUCAAGCAGCCGCUGACAUCUACGUGAACAACAGAGAAAACAUGGACUCCAGUGGUAUCUUCACCGAUAUAGAGUCAAACACAAGAGCAGAAGAGCUGUUGAUGGACGAAAAGAUCGACAUCUCUCCAAGCGACACCUCAACGAAGACCCUAUCCGAAAACAGCCAAAACAACGUACAAGAGGUGAUAGCCAAGAACGAGGAGGCUAAGAAGAAAGAACCGCAGACGGAAAAUGCCAAGAAGAGAUCUACUCCAAGUCCUGCUAUUUCCAACACUUCGAGCACUAUCUCUCCCAGGCAUCUGCCUAGGGAUGACUCUGUCAAGAAGUACAAGACAUUGAAAAGGGAGGUUCAGUCAAAGGUGAAGACGUUGCUAGAUAAUAAGCAAUCGCCGAAGCAGGAAAAGAAGGUCCUGAAGAAGCCUACAGGUAGAUGGGAUGCUGUUAUGAACAAGAUCUCCAAGAGUGAUAGUAAGACCAAUUUCCAAGAGGUUAAGUCCAGAGUUUUCAACAAUGUCAAUUUGAAUACGAGCACUCAGUGUGAUGCCAAGAAGUUGAUUGGUCGACAGGUCAAUAAUCAGAAGAUGCCAAAUAAUAAAUUAAGGAGAGUUCGAACCAGAGUCUCAGGGCUGCCACAAACUCAGAAAAACAGUAACGCAGGAAGCAUCCACAGUUCCCUCAGCGAUCUCAGUGCAUCUGUCCCAAAAAAGACUGUCGGUUCACUCAAGAAGAAAGAUGUACAGCAAGUUACUCAAGUCCUCACCGCAGCUAAGCUGUCUCCAAAGCUCCCACAACAAAAUACUCUUCCUGAUGCCAAAAGACGUCCAGUAUCUGCUGCUGAGACUAAACCAGUUAGAAAAAUAUUCUCUACCAAGGAGAAAAAGUCAAUAGUUAGUAAAGAAAAUGGAAGGAAUUCUGUUAAGGGAGGUAGAACAUCUCCUGUGAUAAGAUCACCGACGUUAUCGAGAACUGUCGCAACUAAACCAGCUCCAAAGACAGUAGAAGCCUUAGCUAUUUUAGUACAGCAUUUAGUUUUUAACGUAGAAGCCUUCGAAGUUCCAAAUUUAAGGGCUAAAAUCAAACGGAUUGAAGAGCAUCUAGCACAAGAGAAGCAAAAGAGUGCCACUUUGUUAGAAGAAGAGAAGAACAGAUGGCAGGAAGAUAUAGCAGACUUGGUGAAUGCUCAUCAGAUCCAAUUGUCCCAAAUCGCAAACCAGAACAGCGAAUCCGAAGAGAAACUGACCAACCAAUAUGAGCGCUCAAAAGCAGACCUCAGGAGGUACUACGAAGAAAAACUGCACGCCAUCAAGAAGGAGUACGAGAAACUGCAGAAGAGCCACGCUGAAUCCCUGGACAUCCUGAGGGAGGAGAAUGAGGCCAUCAGGGAGGACAUAGACGAGAAGAAUGAAGAGAUACGGAGCGCCAAAAGGGAGAGUUUGAGGCUCAAGGAAGACUACGAGGUCAAGGAGAAGUCGCUGAGAGACCAGAUCAACCAGAUGUCCAGGGAGAAUCACAAGUUCAAACAGGAGUUGGCUGCUUGCAGGCAGGACGUUAACAAGUUGGAAGAAGAGAGAGUCAGGCUUGCCGAGGAGAAUAAGAGGUUGCUCAGCUAUGGUGAAGGCAAGGAUUGCGGUGUACAGGAGGCGGAGUCAUUAAGAUUUGUGUUGGGUAUCAAGCUAGGUGAGGUAUCGGACCUGAGGAAAUCGCUACUGGAGGCCCAACAGAAGGUAACAGAUUUGGAAAAGAUUCAAGAAGAAGCUAUAAAGUUGAAGAAUAACAAUGAGAGUUUAUUGGUGCAACUUGACAGGCAAAAGGAACUAGAGAUGACACUCCAGGCGGAGAACAAGCGGCUAGAGAUGCUGCUCCAGGAAGAGGCCAAGCAGAAGAGGAGCAUCUCCCUCCGCAACGAGGAGCUCCAGUACAAACUGGAACAGAACAAGGAGGUGGUGACCAAGAUCCUGGAGCAGACAAACCACGAGAGCAAGAUCGACCAGUACUUAUCUUCGAGCUUCAACAGCGAUCGCUACAACUCCAACACCAGCCUAAACCUCUCCUUCAGGAACUUCUAUCCGAUAGGAAGGAGCAGCACUGGAGUGGAGGUUGGAAGCAGGACCCCAAAGAAGCCCAAGACGUCCUUGGACGAGGACGAAUCCCCUCCCUUGUCUCCUCGAGUGAAGGGCGUAGUAGAAAAAUCGGACUCUGUUUCUUACGUGUUGGAUCUGAACGAGAGCCCAGAAGUCGUGGCCAGUCGGUUGGUACGCAGGAGCUUCAGGAACUCCACUAACCAGAAGGUGGCAAGCAAGACCACAAACGGGAAGAAGCAGAGGAGCAAGGGUAGCCCGUUGAGCCAGAGCUCCUCUGCAAGCUCGUUGAUAUCCUCGAACGUGGAGUACCAGAACAGGUCCAGGUCGGUGUCUUCGAGAAAUUGCGACGAGUUCUCCGACUUCAACUACUCGGACAACAGCAGUUCACCGUCGCCUUACCACUCCACCAACCAGAACAUCGACAGGACGCACGAAACCAGGAAGCCCGACGUGGUGGACCUGGACUUCCUGGACGACCACGUGAUAGACCUGACGUUGCCGGCGUUGCCUUCCGAACUGGGGGAUAAGACUGGGGUGCAGCCCCUUCCCCGACCCAAGCACCUAGCUGGGGAGGCUCUGGUCUCGGAGAGCAACUCCGAAGACGAGUGCACCAGCUCCUCGAGCGGUCCCUUAUGAGACGAGCUGUUCUGAAACGUUAUCCGAAGAGUUGUGACGUUCCAAGGGUUAGAAGAGGUCGUUUCUCCGCUUUAGCUGCUAGUAGUUCGGAAUCGACGAGUACUAGUGUGGCACCUUCCCCGUAGCGUAAUCCUCCAAAGGACCGUCGUUUGAUACCCAGGUCGUGAAUUUUGCAACACUUCGAAUUUUAGAUUUUUAUCCACGCAAUUAAAAGCGGAUGCUGUUAUAAGCUGAGAAUUCCAUCUUAGUGCGUUCAUGUGAAUUUUAUCGUGACUGUAUAGUUUUUGUAUUAUGUUUAUGACUUGUAUAAAUUUUUAUUUUUUAUAUAUUAAAACAUUUUUGAAUAUACGAGGACUGAUAUGUUGCAUGAGUGAAGGUGGAGAUUAAGAUUCCAAUUAUGUUAAUUGGAUGUUAAGGUUGAGAGGUAGAGAGUACGAAAUUAAGGAACCAAGAAGAUUUGACGGUAAAUUUUUUCUAAUCUGUUUUCCUCUUUUUGUACUCGAUUCGAAGGUUUACUUAAAUUUUACCGGAGAUUAUUGCGAAUACUGGUUUCAACGAGUAUUUUUGUAAAAAAUGAUGUUAUCCAAAGCCAUUAUUUGUUUAGUGCUGUUGAUUUAAGGUGAGGUUGUUUUUUUACAAUUGGUCGAUGUAUAUGGAAUCAGAAACUUAUUUAUUAUUGUCUGAGAGGAGAUGUAUGUACUUUUUCGAUUGUUAGGACCAAUAGAUUUGCAUAUUUGGUAUUUAUUGUAUAUUAUUAUCGAAGGUUUUCAGGAGAGAUCUUAUUGCAUUGUAUAAUAAAGUUACUAUCAUUUGAA